AUGGCGACCACGCAUGACACCCAACAUCAUCGACAAUCAGAAUUCGACCCUCUUGACAAUAGCAAAAGGAAGACUUCAGAUGGCGAGUUGAACCUCCACGGAAAUGAAGAAAAGUCCCACAAAAGGCAUAAAACGUCUCGUCCAUUUAAUAGGGACUUCAUCGAUUCGCUAUUCACGGUAGUCAACAAAGAUCUUCUUUAUUGCAAAUUAUUUUACUUCUUCUUUUUCGGGGCAUUCGGUUCGUUAUUUCCAUUGCUAGCCAUUUAUUUCAAGCAACUAGGCAUGAACGCUUCUCAAAGCGGUGUUCUCAUUGGCUUUCGACCAUUUAUAGAAUUUCUCAGCGCACCUUUCUGGGGUGGUCUAGCCGACAAGUGGAGACGAGGAAAAGAGAUGCUACUGUUUUCACUUGUCUGCUGGAUUGUGUUUACUCUGGCCAUCGCAUUUGUCCAGCCCCCGGCUCAUAAGUGUCUCACGUUCAAUGGCACCCACAAUCUUCUGGAGGCUCCUCUUGGUCGAAGUCGUCGUUUUGCCAAAUCUAACUCAGAGUCAAUAUUUGAUAAGUCAUUGGAUUCAGUUCCUGAAUCUAUAGAAUACACAUUUGACAUUGACUCCUCCAAUAGACAGCACACAAUGGAACACGCUUCCACAUAUUCAUUUCCAAAGAAGGCCACCAUUGUUCUGCCCAAAGACCUAACACCUUUUUAUGCAAUGAGUCGGUGCAGACGGAGCCCACAGACGGUGGACACGAGUAAGAUUGCCAACCUCAAUGCCUCUAAUGUGCGUGGUCUAGUCUUUAACCCACACUCCAGUGUGGUCUAUCAGGAAGACGAGGUGGCUCGGGCGUUCUUCAUCCUGUUGCUGCUGGUGGUCACCGGAGAAUUCUUCAGUGCCCCUGCCAUCACGUUCGCCGACUCAGUAACGUUGUCCUUUCUUGGCGAGGACACUCAGAACUAUGGACGGCAGAGGAUGUUUGGUUCUCUGGGUUGGGGAUUGGCGAUGUUUUUCGUGGGCAUGGCACUGGAUCAUUCAACCACAUUUCCUGAUCACCCAUGCGGUAAAGCACACAUCCGAGAGAAGAAUUACACCGUGUGCUUUGCUGUGUUUUCCGUUCUGAUGAGCUGUGCUUUUCUUGCCGCGAUGCAGUUUCGCUUCGACCACCACAAACGAGAAAAUUCAGCAUUAGAUGUACCGGGAAAGAUCAAGGCCAAAUUCAGGAGAAUAUUUUCCAAGAAGACAAUAGACAGAGAAAGACUCGUGGAGGAGUUCUCUGACGAUGAACAUGUUGUCAGCCAGAAAGAUGAUGGUCAGGCGAACAGUUAUACAGAUCUAGAGAAAGGAGUGGAAGGUUCUGAUCUGAAGAUCAACCCUGCUGUUAAAAAUGAUAUGGUGACGGAUGCCCUGACAUCACCAAAUUCUAAGAAUACUGAUGUCAUGGGAGCUAUCCCAUUUGGUAGCGCAGAAGCAAAUUACUCUGACCAGCCAUUUUUUGGUAGAUGGAUUGCUGUUGUUAAAUUACUGGCUACAUAUAAGUAUAUAUCGGUUCUAUUCAUUGCCUGGUUCAUGGGAUUUGGGAUCGGCAUCAUCUUCACAUUUCUCUUUUGGCAUCUGCAAGAUAUGGGAGGUUCUCCGACCUUGUUUGGCGUGGCUUCGGUCAUCAACCACAUGUCAGAACUGUUUGCUUAUUUCAUGGCUGGGACGUUUAUAGGCAGAUAUGGUCAUGUGAAAAUUCUCUACGCUGGACUUCUUGGAAGCAUUGCCAGGUUUUUGUACAUUUCUUUCCUGACAAACCCGUGGUGGGUUCUGCCGUUUGAGUUUGUACAAGGACUGACUCACGCGGCUGUUUGGGCUGCUUGCUGCGCGUACAUCACACAUGCAAUCCCUGUAGAACUGAGGUCCUCGGCUCAGGGCAUCCUGCAAGGACUACAUCACGGGUUAGGCCGAGGCUGUGGGGCAGUCUUUGGUGGUCUUCUGGUCUAUCAGUACGGAAGUGUGGUCACUUUCCGUAUUUAUGGUAUAACGUGCAUCAUUGUCCUCAUUACGUACUUUGGUAUCAAUAUGUACUUACAGAAGCAAGGGAAGUUUUCUCACAAUGGCAGGCUGCCACAAGAGUUAGUGGAAGACAAUGCUCAUUUGGCUCCACACGGUGUCCCAUCUGGUGUGGCCAGGAAUUUGUCCAGCACGACAAACACUCAUUUGACAGAGGAACCACAGCCGGUCACGGAGGUAUGGAUCCUGGAUGACGAAGCACAUGCUGGCAGUAAGCAAAAAGGACUUUCAGCAUGCCAUGAGGAAAGCGACACUCUGGAAAAACGUAUUGCCAGUUUGGAAGCACCUCGCCAGCCAAAACUUAUAUACCAGAACCAGUCUAGAAAUUCGCACGAGAAGGAUUAUGAGUCUUGA